CCCCACUUCUGCGAAAGAAGUUGGCAAAACUAGCCUACCCUUUGAUUGAGUUGCGGAAAUACAGUGCUAAGUACGGUUGUGCUCGGUUGUAAAUUGUAACGCCAAAAAACCUCUGUGCACAAUGGCUCCCAGAAUGCAGGGGAUGACAAUUGCAAGUUUGAAGAAACACCCCGCCCUCAUUCCCCUGUACGCGUUUACGUUCCUUGGAUGCGGCGGAGCAUUCUUGUACACUAUACGUUUAGCCGUCCGCAGCCCCGAAGUCUCGUGGUCCAAGACCAAGAACCCUGAGCCUUGGAACGAGUUUGCUGACAAGCAGCACAAGUUUUAUUCGCCUCUGGACACAAGCGGCAAAAUCGAGUGCCCUGCACCGAAAUACUGAGUGGUUAAACUGUCGUAGAUCGUUGUUAGAGCUCGAAGAAUGAAAUAAAUAAUGUUUACGUAAUUCGACUGAUCUCCAACGAAACCUAACCUAACCCUGUUAUGCAAGAUUCGACGUGGUUUUUCCCUCCGUGCGAAUAUAGUCUUUCAUCUUUUCAGAUUACGGAUUUGUCCAAUUAUUUGUAUUUAGAAAUAUUAUUUAUGAGAAUACAACCGAUUCUAUAAUGUACAAAGCUUAAUAUAGUCCUUAAAAAUUAA